CAUCUAUGAGAUUGUCGGUCGUUCGUUCAUAUUGUAUGUAUGUUGUAGCGUAUUGAAACUAAAACAUAAAAUAACAUUCAGCGGAUCGAUCAAUUUGAUAAUCAAGUUACGUGUUUAAUAUGUCAUCGAAGAUUAAGAACCUGGUCAAUUCAAAUUUAAAUGUAUCGCAAGAUCAAAAGAAUGUGGAAGACAAUCAAUAUUCUGUAGUUGAUCAGAAAGAUGAUCACAAUGCAGAGUUUAAAUUUGAUGAACAGGAUACAAAUAAGAAAUUAAUUGCUAGUGAGUCAGGAAUUCCUUAUAAUCUGAUCUACGAGUCUGAAGAUGAAUCUCCAAUAAUGGAAACUUCAAUGGUCGCGAAUGAAGUAAAAAUAGAAGAGAAUGUUGGAUCUCGGACGAAUUCCGGUGCUCAAUCCAAAAGUGACCAUAAAAGUCAUGAUUCUAAUAAGCCGAAUCAGCAAGAAUAUGAUGCCAGCAUAGAUGAAAGGUUACCAGAAACAGUGACAUUGCUCACUACACCCAACGGUGGAAAGUUGUAUUUAGUGGGAACUGCGCACUUUAGUGUUGAAAGUCAAAACGACGUGUCUAUGAUCAUUCAAGCUGUCCAACCUCAUAUAAUCGUGGUUGAAUUAUGCAAAGCUAGAGCCCAAGUAAUGCAAUUUAGCGAAGAAGUUAUACUUGAAUACACAAAGAAUUUAACAUACCUGUCUGUUUCGCGACUGGUAGGAAAACAUGGAGUUUGCUAUGGAUUGUUACACAUGUUGUUAUUAAGAGUGGUAGCCCAAAUUACUAAACAACUCGGAAUGGCACCUGGUGGUGAAUUUCGCAGAGCAUUCGAAGAGGCAAAGAAAUUACCAAACUGUAUUAUUCAUUUGGCUGAUAGACCGUUCAACAUAACGAUACAGCGUGCUUUGAGAUUGUUAACCUGGUGGCAAACUUUCAAGUUGGGAUGGUGUUUGAUCAAUUUAAAAUCGAUUGACAUUAGCAAGGAAUACGUUGAGGUCUGUAAACAGAAAAGUCUGCUGGACAAUCUGAUACAUGAAUUGAAGGAGGAAUAUCCACCAAUAGAGAAAGUGUUUGUGAAAGAAAGAGACUUGUACCUUACGCACUCUCUUCAAACAGCAUGUAUGGUUCACCUUACUGCGAAUGAAGUAAUACCACCUAGAGUCGUAGGAAUUGUCGGCAUAGGACAUACUCCGGGUAUCAUAGAAAAUUGGGGAAAAGUGAUCCCUUCUGACAUACCACCAAUUAUGAGCGUACCUCCUCAACCAUUGUCGAGUAAAAUAUUAUUGUACACUGUUAAGAUUUCGUUGCUAAGCGCUGUAAUUUAUGUAGGGUAUAAAAUUUUACCAAUGCCCUCGGGUGUCACGUUGCAGUCUAUCAGAUCGUCUGUUGAUCGACUAUUGAAGGUUAUUGUGACAAAGUAGAGCAUACCUGGAGGUUGGAUCUCUAAGACGUUUGGGUCGAAACAAUUUAUCUCCGAAAGAA